GUGCAAGCAGAACUGAGAAAGUUCACAGAGCCGGGGUGCAGGAUGUCCCGUUAAGGAGAGGAGGAAAAAAACCCCUGCUGAGGAGCAGAAGCAACACAAGCUGACGGGGUGAAAGGAGUGCAGCUCACAGCGAACGGCAUUUAGCACACAGAAGAUACUGUUAAACUGGGCAAAAUGGGCUCGCCGACGAUAUUAAGUUGUCGUCGGAUUGUUCUGAAAGUGUUUUUGGUUCAGUUCAUCACUUUUCAAGCAACUUAUGCUGCCCCUUCGCCUAUUAUUAGGUUUCCUGGAGACGAUACUCCCAAAACAGACAAAGAAGUUGCUCUGCACUAUCUGAAUAAGUUCUAUGGAUGCCCACAAGACAGAUGUAACCUUAUGGUGCUCAAGGACACCCUGAAGAAAAUGCAAAAGUUCUUCGCUUUGCAAGAAACUGGAGAGAUUGAUGCCAAAACUGUGGAUAUCAUGAAAAAGCCCCGCUGUGGCGUACCAGAUGUGGCCAAUUACAACUUCUUCCACAGGAAACCCAUGUGGCAGAAGAAAGACAUCACCUACAGGAUCCUUGGAUACUCUCCUGACCUGGAUGAGGAAGUCAUAAACGAUGCUUUCUUCAGAGCCUUCAAAGUAUGGAGUGACGUCACCCCACUCUCAUUCACCCGCCUCAUGGACGGAGAGGCUGACAUCAUGAUUAACUUUGGCCGCAAUGAGCACGGAGAUGGUUACCCCUUUGACGGCAAAGACGGCCUCUUGGCUCAUGCCUUCGCUCCAGGGCCAGGAAUUGGGGGAGACUCCCACUUUGAUGAUGAUGAACAGUGGACGCUGGGAGAAGGCCAAGUGGUGAAGGUGAAGUAUGGCAAUGCUGAUGGGGAGUUCUGUAAAUUCCCCUUCCUGUUCAUGGGCACCGAGUACAACAGCUGUACACCUCAGGGCCGUGACGACGGAUUCCUGUGGUGCUCAACCACUUACAACUUUGAUGAAGAUGGCAAAUAUGGCUUCUGCCCCCAUGAAUUACUAUUCACCAUUGGUGGAAACGCAGAGGGCGCUCCAUGUAAAUUCCCUUUCACCUUUAUGGGAGACACGUAUGAUGGAUGCACCACUCAGGGCAGGGAUGAUGGUUACCGCUGGUGUGCCACCACUGAGAACUAUGACCAGGACAAAACCUUUGGGUUCUGCCCUGAAACUGCCAUGUCGACAGUUGGAGGAAAUGCAGAGGGAAGCCCCUGUGUCUUCCCCUUCACUUUCUUGGGUGACACCUAUGAGGCCUGUACCACAUCUGGACGCAGUGAUGGCAAGACGUGGUGCGCUAGCACCAAGAGCUACGAUGAUGACCGCAAAUGGGGUUUCUGUCCUGACCAAGGCUACAGUUUGUUCCUGGUGGCAGCCCAUGAGUUUGGCCAUGCCCUUGGCUUGGAGCAUUCUCAGGACCCCGGAGCAUUGAUGGCCCCCGUUUACACUUUCACUAAAGACUUCAGACUUUCUAAUGAUGACAUCAAAGGCAUCCAGGAGCUCUAUGGUGUGCCAACAGACAAGCCUUUGCCUCCAACCCAGGGUCCAGUCACUCCAAUGGACAUCUGUACAGAGCCAGUUGUGUUUGAUGCUGUAGCACAGAUCAGAGGAGAGACCUUCUUCUUCAAGGACAGGUUCCUGUUCAGGUCAGUCAACUUCAGAAGCAAGCCCAACGGCCCUAUGCUGGUGGCCACCUACUGGCCAGACCUGCCUGCCAAGAUAGACGCUGCCUAUGAAAACCCAGUGGAGGAAAAAACAGUGUUCUUUGCAGGCAAUGAGAUGUGGAUCUACAAAGCUGAUGCAUUGGAGUCUGGCUAUCCCAAAAGGCUCUCCAGCCUUGAACUCCCCACUGACCUGCAGCAAAUCGAUGCUGCCUUCAACUUUAGGAAGAACAGGAAGACCUACCUAUUUUCUGGGGACAAAUUCUGGAGAUACGAUGAAGAUAAGAAGAAGAUGGACCCUGGCUUCCCCAAACUUAUUGCUGAUUCCUGGAAUGGCAUCCCAGAUGGCAUAGACUCUGCCUUCAGUCUUAAUGGCAUUGAUUACAGCUACUUCUUCAAAGGCAACCACUAUUUCAAACUUGAAGACAGCAGCUUGAAGAUUGUCAAGUUGGGUGAAAUCACAAAGGACUGGCUCGGUUGCUGAGCAUUCCAAAGCGUCUCGCAACUGGCUAAUUCCUGUAAUGACAUCUGGCCUCAAGAGGACAUUGCCAUAGUAUCGCACACAACUUGAGGUUGCCGCAGUGCACACUGUUGUAAGUUUUUAUCCUGGCAACUCUGCACGCUUCUGUGGGAGACAUGUCCCUUCCAGCUUGUACAACCAGCCUCCAGCUUUGUUGACAGGCACCUCGGGAGCUUUCUACACAGGCUGAACAUAGGCAACUGGAUAUCUGCUUUAUUACUGUGUGAUGUUGACCUUUUAUUUGUUAUGCUGAUGCAGAUUUAUUUCAAUAUGUAUCCCCCGUUUUUAUUGUUUCAUUGUUUUUUUUUUGUCAUUGUUUUUUUAAAAACUCAGACAUCAGGUAUGUCAACACUGCAUUGAACGCAGUGCUAUACUGUGCUGUGAGAUAUUGCCGUUUUAUGCAAAUUUAAUUCUGAAAUAUUGUUUUACACCAUAUGAGGAAUUCAUGUUGGCUUGGAAUUGCUUCUAUGUCCAGUGUACUAAGUGCAUUUUUAUAAAUGUAUCACUUUUUAUUAAUUCUCACUGUUGUGCAAUACAUUUGACAAAAUGAAUUUGCACAAUGUGUUUGACCGAAAAUGGUGCUUUAGAGAUUGCUUUUUGCCUAUAGUCCUAUAUAUAUAAAUGUAUACAGUAUAUAUAUACAUUUUAUAUUCUGUGUAACUAUGUCUGGAUACUUCAUAUCCCUUGGAUGUUAGAAAGUAGUAUUCGCAGGCACACAUUAUUCUUCAUUUGGUUAGCACUUUGUAUAGGACUAUAUAAGGGAACUGCUCUUUAUGGAGACCAAAUUAUUGUUAUGGGAACUCCAUGUUGCAUUUCUCUUUACUAAUGGUACAGGAAGAUUAAAGGCACAGGUUGCCUCUAGAGGCUGUAUUGGUUUGCUGCAUGAUGGAAUCAUGACGAGUACCGCAGUAGUAUUGUUUAAUAAUCUUUUUUUUUAAAUAUUCUCCUUUUUUCUCUUGUUUUUUUUUUAACAAUACAGUCAUUGUGUUUUGUGUUGUUUUUAAUGCUUGUGCACUUUGUUACUGUCAUCAAUAAAGAUGGUCAUUAUAAUGUU